UGACAGAGCUCUGCAUUUAAGGGGCAAACAUUAAUUAAUUCAAGCACAGUGUGGAAUCGUUGCGAGGGGACAAGAUCGGUAACUUGGAGUCCACGGAUCCACGGACUGGUCAUUCACCUUCAGCCGUUUACAAAUCCACCUGUUCAUUCAACAAUCAAUAAUGUUGAAAGUGACAUUAGGCCUCGCUCUGGUGACUCUGGUUGCGUGCUCGCAGUGCCCCAACAAUGAAGUGUGUGAGGCAGGCCAGACAUGCUGCCAGGAUCCCACCGGAGAGUUCAGCUGCUGCCCUUUCCAUCAUGGAGAGUGUUGUGAGGAUCACCUGCACUGCUGUCCUGAAGACAUGUUGUGCAGUGUUAUGGACUCCAUGUGUAUAAACGCUACACAUACACUGCUGUUUGUGGAGAGGACACCGGCUAAACGGACAGACCUUCCCAAAUCAUUCAGAAUGAUUCCCUCAUUACCUGCAAGUGAAGACGACAUCACCUGUCCCGAUGGCUCCUUCUGUCCUGCUGAGUUCUCCUGUCUGCUGAUGGCUUCUUCAUAUGGGUGCUGUCCUGUAGCACAGGGCCUUGUGUGCUCAGACGGGAAACACUGCUGCGCAAAAGACCAUGAAUGCAGUGCAGACAGCAAUUCCUGUGUCAAACUAAAAGAACCAGCCGAAGCUGUUCUUUGUGGAAAUGGGACCUCAGAGUGUCCCGUGGACACCACAUGUUGUGGGACAGAAGAUGGUCAGUGGGCAUGCUGUCCCAUACCAAAGGCUGUAUGCUGUGACGAUAAAAUCCACUGUUGUCCAGAGGACAGUGUCUGUGAUGUUGAAGGCUCCAAAUGCAUGUCCUCCACCAAUCAGGAGCUGCCUAUGUGGGCCAAAUUCCCUGCUCGUCUUAGAGCUGAAUGGGAAGAUCACAAAUUUGUAGAAAGUAGGGCUAAAGCUGAACUCACUACAACCAGACAAAUCACUACUGCUGGCAAGCAAAUGACUACAUUGCCUGGUGCACUACCAAAGACCUCAGAUGUUCCCUGCAAUGACACUGCGGCCUGUCCUGAUGAAAGCACAUGCUGCAAGACUAAAGAAGGAGGUUGGGACUGCUGUCCACUGCCUGAGGCUGUGUGUUGUGACGACUUCAUCCACUGCUGUCCUCAUGGUACGACAUGUAACGUUGCUGCUGGGUCUUGUGAUGAACCUUCAGGAUCUCAGCCUUGGUUUGAGAAGCUGCCUGUCAAACUAAUCAGGAGUCAGAAUGUGGCUGUUACAAAAGAUGUUCCCUGCGAUGACACUGUGGCCUGUCCUGAUGGAAGCACAUGCUGCAAGACUCAAGAAGGAGGAUGGGCCUGCUGUCCUCUGCCUGAGGCUGUGUGUUGUGACGACUUCAUCCACUGCUGUCCUCAUGGUAAGACAUGUAACACAGCUGCUGGGAAGUGUGAGGACUCUUCAGGAUCUCAGCCUUGGUUUGAGAAGCUGCCUGUCAAACUGAUCAGGAGUCAGAAUGUGGCUGUUACACAAGUGCAUUCAGAUGUUCCCUGCAAUGACACUGCGGCCUGUCCUGAUGGAAGCACAUGCUGCAAGACUAAAGAAGGAGGUUGGGACUGCUGUCCACUGCCUGAGGCUGUGUGUUGUGACGACUUCAUCCACUGCUGUCCUCAUGGUACGACAUGUAACGUUGCUGCUGGGUCUUGUGAUGAACCUUCAGGAUCUCAGCCUUGGUUUGAGAAGCUGCCUGUCAAACUGAUCAGGAGUCAGAAUGUGGCUGUUACAAAAGAUGUUCCCUGCGAUGACACUGUGGCCUGUCCUGAUGGAAGCACAUGCUGCAAGACUCAAGAAGGAGGAUGGGCCUGCUGUCCUCUGCCUGAGGCUGUGUGUUGUGACGACUUCAUCCACUGCUGUCCUCAUGGUAAGACAUGUAACACAGCUGCUGGGAAGUGUGAGGACUCUUCAGGAUCUCAGCCUUGGUUUGAGAAGCUGCCUGUCAAACUGAUCAGGAGUCAGAACGUGGCUGUUACACAAGAUGUUCCCUGCAAUGACACUGCGGCCUGUCCUGAUGGAAGCACAUGCUGCAAGACUAAAGAAGGAGGUUGGGACUGCUGUCCACUGCCUGAGGCUGUGUGUUGUGACGACUUCAUCCACUGCUGUCCUCAUGGUACGACAUGUAACGUUGCUGCUGGGUCUUGUGAUGAACCUUCAGGAUCUCAGCCUUGGUUUGAGAAGCUGCCUGUCAAACUGAUCAGGAGUCAGAAUGUGGCUGUUACAAAAGAUGUUCCCUGCGAUGACACUGUGGCCUGUCCUGAUGGAAGCACAUGCUGCAAGACUCAAGAAGGAGGAUGGGCCUGCUGUCCUCUGCCUGAGGCUGUGUGUUGUGACGACUUCAUCCACUGCUGUCCUCAUGGUAAGACAUGUAACACAGCUGCUGGGAAGUGUGAGGACUCUUCAGGAUCUCAGCCUUGGUUUGAGAAGCUGCCUGUCAAACUGAUCAGGAGUCAGAACGUGGCUGUUACACAAGAUGUUCCCUGCAAUGACACUGCGGCCUGUCCUGAUGGAAGCACAUGCUGCAAGACUAAAGAAGGAGGUUGGGACUGCUGUCCACUGCCUGAGGCUGUGUGUUGUGACGACUUCAUCCACUGCUGUCCUCAUGGUACGACAUGUAACGUUGCUGCUGGGUCUUGUGAUGAACCUUCAGGAUCUCAGCCUUGGUUUGAGAAGCUGCCUGUCAAACUGAUCAGGAGUCAGAAUGUGGCUGUUACAAAAGAUGUUCCCUGCGAUGACACUGUGGCCUGUCCUGAUGGAAGCACAUGCUGCAAGACUAAAGAAGGAGGAUGGGCCUGCUGUCCUCUGCCUGAGGCUGUGUGUUGUGACGACUUCAUCCACUGCUGUCCUCAUGGUAAGAAAUGUAAUACAGCUGCUGGGAAGUGUGAGGACUCUUCAGGAUCUCAGCCUUGGUUUGAGAAGCUGCCUGUCAAACUGAUCAGGAGUCAGAAUGUGGCUGUUACACAAGAUGUUACCUGUGAUAGCACCAAAUCUUGUCCAGAUGGAAGCACAUGCUGUAAGAAUAAAGAAGGAGGAUGGGGCUGCUGUCCUCUUCCCGAGGCUGUGUGUUGUGAUGACUUCAUCCACUGCUGUCCUCAUGGUACGACAUGUAACGUUGCUGCUGGGUCUUGUGAUGAACCUUCAGGAUCUCAGCCUUGGUUUGAGAAGCUGCCUGUCAAACUGAUCAGGAGUCAGAAUGUGGCUGUUACACAAGAUGUUCCCUGCAAUGACACUGCGGCCUGUCCUGAUGGAAGCACAUGCUGCAAGACUCAAGAAGGAGGAUGGGCCUGCUGUCCUCUGCCUGAGGCUGUGUGUUGUGACGACUUCAUCCACUGCUGUCCUCAUGGUAAGAAAUGUAAUACAGCUGCUGGGAAGUGUGAGGACUCUUCAGGAUCUCAGCCUUGGUUUGAGAAGCUGCCUGUCAAACUGAUCAGGAGUCAGAAUGUGGCUGUUACACAAGAUGUUACCUGUGAUAGCACCAAAUCUUGUCCAGAUGGAAGCACAUGCUGUAAAAAUAAAGAAGGAGGAUGGGGCUGCUGUCCUCUUCCUGAGGCCGUGUGUUGUGAUGACUUCAUCCACUGCUGUCCACAUGAUACGACAUGUAACGUUGCUGCUGGAUCUUGUGAUGAACCUUCAGGAUCUCAGCCUUGGUUUGAGAAACUGCCUGCUCUACCUAGAGCAGGUCAAAGGUCACCUGGGAAUGUGAACUGCGACUCUAAUCACAUCUGUCCUGAUUCCAGCACUUGCUGUAAGAACACUGAUGGAGACUGGGGCUGCUGUCCUUUGCCUGAGGCUGUGUGUUGUAAGGAUCAUAUCCACUGCUGCCCACACGGCACCACUUGUGACUUUGUAACACUCACCUGCACUAGCAACACCACAUCUGUACCUAUGACUGACAUUAAUCAACCCUCAACUAAGGAGGAACAGAAACAGCACAGGGAAGUGAAAGACAAAGUGGGGAAAUACAAUAGCAGGGUCCCGUGUGAUUUACAAACUUCCUGUCCAGAUUACACUACUUGCUGUCUUAUUGCAAAAACCAACAAAUGGGGCUGUUGCCCUCUGCCUAAUGCUGUAUGUUGCACAGAUGGGGAACACUGUUGUCCGGCUAACUAUAAGUGUGAUGUGACCAGGGUGUCUUGCAUCAGGGGAGAUGUGGUGAUCCCCUGGUACAAUAAAAUGUCUGCUCAAAGCACACCGGCACCAAGCUUGGAUCUCGGCGCUGUUGAGUGCGAUGAGCAGAUGAGUUGCUCUGCAGACUCGACCUGCUGCCAUCUGUCCACGGGAGAAUGGGGCUGCUGCCCUCUUCCUGAGGCUGUUUGCUGCCCAGACCAGGAGCACUGCUGUCCCAAAGGCUACAGGUGUGACCUGCGUAGACGCUCCUGCAUAAAAACCAGCUGGCUGCAUGUGGAAAAAGUCCCACUUGCCCACAUUGAUGACCAAAAGCCACAGUCGAGCGUCACAGAAAAUGACAUUCAGUGUGGAGGUGGACAUAAUUGCAAAGACAGUGAGACAUGUUGUCCAACCUCCAAGACCACCUGGGGCUGUUGCCCAUCCCCAAAGGCCGUGUGCUGUGACGAUAUGAAACACUGCUGCCCUGCUGGAUACAAAUGUGGCGCGGGUGGAACUUGUACUUCAGCUGUAGGCUUUGACUGGAACAACUGGGACAACUGGAGGGUGUUCUUCUCCAAAAAUAAUCGAGCUAUUACUCUAUAAAAAAAGAUUUAUAAAAAUAUAAAAUAAAAAUUUUACAUUUAUCAAAGUACUAAUUAAAGCUAAUCAGAAAGUUUAAUGCAAAGGCUGAUUUUUUGCAGUUUCAUUAGAGCUGACUAUGAUGGCUAAUAUGUUUCCAUUGUCUAUCAGUAAAACUACAUUUUAUCCACUAAGCCAUUUGUACAUUUUAAGAAGGUGUCAUUAUUGUAAAGUGUACAUUGUUCAUAGCUGUGCAUAGUUUCCUGCUCAGUUUUAUCUGAAGAAUUAUUUGACUAUGGAAGGAUGGAAAGAUGUAACACAUACUGAAGCAUAGAUGACCUCUAGUGGCUGGAUUUAAUUCAUUUUAACUUGGCAUGUACAAAUUAAUACCACAGGCCUCAAAGAUUUAUAGGUUACAUUUGUUCAGACUUGACAUCGUGCAGUCUUAUGAUUAUGACACAUUUGCCCAGGAUAAGGAAACAUAUUAAAUGAAUCUCUUCAGAUAGCAAACAUCACCUUUUCUGUGUAACUUCCUUAUUUCAGGAUCUUGAUUUUUUUUUUUUUACCAUGAUUUGUAUAAUUGUCUUUUUUUAUUGAUUUAAAUGCUGGUUAUAUUGAUUGAGAAUUGUGACAGAUUACAAAAAGUUUUCUGAAGUAAAAAUGUGGCCAAUCUGAAAUCUUGUCAGCUCUAAAAGAGAAAUAAAAGAGAGAUAAAAGGAAA